AUGAAUAUACCUAAUGUGAAUGAUGAGUUUUCUACUUUGGAAGCCUUAGAGGAAGCUGCUCAGGCUGCUGCUAAAGCCCAAGGUUUUGCUUUUUCACGACGUAGUAGCAACUUAAAUGGUAUUAAUGGCAAGUCUCCAUAUGUCAUUUUACAAUGUACAAAAGGUGACAACUGGCGCAAUAAUUGGGGUAUAACUUCUGAAUCACGUAAACGAAAAUCAAAAACCAAACGAUGUAAUUGUCCUGUGCGCAUUAGAGCUACAGUGGCAAAAAAACAAUUAUCUAUUGUGUGGAUUAUUACGGAUGUUGAAUAUACUCAUAACCAUCCACUACUUAUAUCAAAUGAAGUAAUAAGCCUUCCACAACAUCGAUGUUUAAAUGUUGACCAAAAAAAACUUUUGCACGAUCUGUCUAAUAUUAAUACACCCACACGUAUUAUCACUACUGCUAUCAAUAAAAUUGAUAAUGGUGGUACUGUUUUACCUAAAGAUGUAGUGAACAAGCGAGCACGAAUUAGAUAUGCGCUCAAUGAAGGUCCUAAUACUGACAGUGCUCAAAAGCUUUUGCGUCCUUUUCAACAACGAGAUUAUAUGAUAGAGUUACUUAAAACACCAGACGGACACUUAACACAUUUGUUUUUUUCACAUGUUGAAGCAGCAAAGCAUACUGCAAAAUGUUAUGAAGUUUUAAUUGUAGAUGCCACUUACAAAACAAAUGUGUAUAAGUUUCCUCUUGUAAGUGCAGUCGGUAUUAGUAACAUCGCAAAUGAAAAAGGUUCUUUAAAAACAUUUCAGAUUGCAAUGGCGUGGAUAGAAAAUGAAAAUGAGGAUUCUUAUAAAUGGUUUUUGACGAUGCUUCGCAAAAAAAAAAGUUUUCCAGAAGCAAACAAAAUGCUAUGUACAUGGCAUUUGAUAGAUCAAAACCUUAAAACAAACUGUCGCAAGCUUUUUGAUAGUGACGAUGAUUAUAUGGAAUUUAAAAAAGAGGUCGAGGUUUUACAAUUAUCAUUUGAUGAAGAGCAUAUAAUAAUGGCAAUGAAAUCUAUUAAAAAUGCUGCAGAAAAGGCACAUGAUCCCAAAAAACCCUUGGCAUAUAUUGAUACUUUAAUGAAAGACUCUAAAUUGUGGAUUUACGCAUUUACAAAAAAUUUCUGCCAUAUGGGUAUCUCAACAACUGCACGUGCUGAAUCAUCACAUAGUGCUUUUAAACGAGCUAUAGAAACAGCUAGUGGAUUAGAAUCGGUUUUUGAAAACAUCGACCAAAGAAUGCGAGUACAAAAUCUCAAAAUGGCUGUAUAUACUGGUACCAAUAAAGUGGCAUGUGAUCCAUUCACUUUGCGUGAUUCUCGCUUUAGUGUGAUUAUUGGACAUAUAUCGACGUAUGCAAUUAAUAGAAUAAAAAAUCUUUUAGUUGAAAUUCAAGAAAAUUCAACAAAAUAUAGCGAAGCAACAACUUGUCAGUGCCUAAUAAGAAUUAAUUAUAAACUUCCGUGUUAUCACACAAUUCCUAAAGAAGGACCAAUCCCCCUUAAUAUUAUUGAUAAGCGUUGGUAUCUUAAUAGACCUGAUAUAAAAGAUCUUCCGAGUCCUUCUUUAGAGUUAUCAGCUACUGAUCCAGAAUUUUAUAAAGCCUUUCUUAAAGCUGAAGAAACAUUCUGUCAACUUCCGGAGGAUGCUUCUAUAAAAGCAGAAUUUAUAGCACGUAUUCAUCAGGCAGUUACAAUGCCACUUUCUGAACCUUUAAAAGCACCUAAGAUAAAAGUUUUAAAAGGUCGCCAUUCAGGAACCAAGCGCGAAAAACUUUUAAGUGAGAAGCAAGAUUUAGAGGCCAAAAAAAAAAAAAAGGUGUUACAUAAUUUACAAUCAAAGAUAAAUCAGGUCAAUGCUUUGCAAUCUCCUAUUACCUCUCAUAAAGAUGUUAAUAUAUACGAAGAUAGUAUACCAAUGUUUAUGAAAGAGUUCGUAUUAAGCUAUAUAAAUGUUCAGGGUGAUGGAAACUGUGGUUUCCGUGCUAUUGCUGUAUCACUUAAACUAUCUGAAGACAAAUGGCCAACUGUACGACAAACUAUUUUAGAUGAACUAAUUAAUCGAAAAGCCCAUUAUGUUCAACUAUUCAUUGAAGGUGAAAAUGAAUACAAUACAGUUGUCUCAAUUGUACAAUGGGAAAAAGGUCCUUGUGGUGUUGAAAACUGGAUGUUAAUGCCAUCCUUUGGAUAUCCGAUUGCCAAUGCUUUCAAACGCCCAAUUCACUACUUUAGUAGACAUCAAUGUUUAACAUUUCUGCCUGAUAAUAUCCCGUUGAAUAGAAACCAGCCUAUUGUUUUUGCCUUUAUUGACAAGCAAAAUCAUUAUAUUGCUAUAAGGUUAAAGCCAAAUGCACCCGUUCCGGUAAUUGUUAAUAGAUGGCAAAAUAUAUGCUCAAGUCAAAGUAAAAUUUGGGAAAAGCUUUUUGAAGCAAGAAUUUUACGCUUUCAGAAAGCCUUUGAGAAAGAGCACAGUUUAUAUUCAAAAGAUCAAGCAACUUCGAAUAUCGCUAUUGAUUUAUCUUAA